UAUCACAUUCUGUCUGCCUCCCAUCCCAUAUUUUUUCAACUUGCAUGUGUGGUUUGAACGUGUGCAAGAAUUUGUGUGUGGUGUGUUCUGGAGUUUGGGAAUGUGUUCUGUGUUAUUUUUGUUUGAGCAGGUAUUUUGAUGAUAGAUCUUGAGAAGAUCUUUCCGACGCAACAAGAAUCCCUUCAAUCGGAGCAAGAACGCGAAAGCUAUGAAGAUUCAAAGUUCAUGAGCUUGCGUUACAAUUGCGGCGGUUACAAAGUGAAGUUGUGGGGUGACUCUAUAUGGAGUUGGGACCUUUGGGGUUGGGGAAACUUGUCACUCUACUGUAACAGCUGCAAAUUGGUUGGGAACAACCAAGCUAGGUUGGCAAGGGUGGCCAACUUGGAUGGAUUGGUUGGGAAGGGACAAAGGAGAAGAUGAAUGAGAGAGGAGGAGAUGCUAAUGGAAGAGGAGCUGUAGCUGAGAAGACAAGUGAGCCGCCGCCAUCAAAAGUUGAAGCUUUGGAUGGCUCCAACUAUAAGGAAUGGAGCGGACGGAUGAGGAGUGCCUUCAAACGCUACAAGCUACUGAAGAUUGCUGUUGGGGAAGAGAAGAUGCCGGAAGAAGGCGAAGCACGUGAACGGUGGAUUGAGAAAAGCGCGGUGCUUUUCGACCUCAUCCUUCAAUCGGUUGUGAUGCACCCUCUCACGCACUGGGUGAUUGAUUCGGGUUGCACCAGUCACAUGACUCCACGGGCAGAUUUGCUUGAUGAGGUAAAACCCCCUGGGAAGAUCAAGUAUGUGGCAGCAGCGUCAGGUGCUUUGCUCCCUGUCAUUGGUGUUGGGAAUGCCAAGGUUAAGGGAGCAAAUGGGGAGCUUGUGGGGCUUGGGAAUGUUCUGCUGGUUGAAGGCUUGUCUGCUAACCUUCUCUCUGUGCGACGACUGCAGAAGAGCAAGGCCGAAGUGACAUUUGGACCAACCAGCUGCCGUGCUAAGCUUGGGAAGAAGGUGCUGUGGAGUUUGGAAGAGGAGACCAGCUGCAUCAAGGACCUGUGGCAGCUGCCCAUCAUCCCAUGGAAUGGGAAGACUCCAACAGCAGCAACGGCAGCAGCGGCAAAGGCAACAGCAGGAGGAGAUGCAACUGCACCAACUGAUGGGGUCCUGGAAGCAGUCAAGAAAGUGCAGCAGCAGCAGACACAUGGUGAGAUAGUGAAGACCCAUCAGCAGGCAGCAGAUAUUUUCACCAAGCGUCUGGCGGAGGCGGAUCAUUGGAAGGGCAUGAAGCUUGCUGGGAUGAGUGUGCAUUGAGUAUGCAUGCUUGAGAUGUUGGUAUGGUGGAUGAUGGUUGGCAGCCAGAGGGGGAGAUUGUUGUGUGAUGUCAUCAUAUGCUAUCACAUUCUGUCUGCCUCCCAUCCCAUAUUUUUUCAACUUGCAUGUGUGGUUUGAACGUGUGCAAGAAUUUGUGUGUGGUGUGUUCUGGAGUUUGGGAAUGUGUUUUGUGUUAUUUUUGUUUGAGCAGGUAUUUUGAUGAUAGAUCUUGAGAAGAUCUUUCCGACGCAACAAGAAUCCCUUCAAUCGGAGCAAGAACGCGAAAGCUAUGAAGAUUCAAAGUUCAUGAGCUUGCGUUACAAUUGCGGCGGUUACAAAGUGAAGUUGUGGGGUGACUCUAUAUGGAGUUGGGACCUUUGGGGGUUGGGGAAAUUUGUCACUCUACUGUAACAGCUGCAAAUUGGUUGGGAACAACCAAGCUAGGUUGGCAAGGGUGGCCAACUUGGAUGGAUUGGUUGGGAAGGGACAAAGGUCAAAGUUGGGUUCCUAUAGGGAGGGAAUCUUUGUGCUUAUGGGGUUUCCUUGGUUGGGGACUCUCUUGGGACCUUCCCUCUCAUCCCUCUCUUCCUAUCCCAACCUUUCUCUUGCUCCUUCUAAUUCCUUGUGAGAUUCUUGAACUUUGAUUGAACCUUUGAGAUUGAGUUA